AUCUCUCCAUUUUUCCGAAAUUAGGGCACAUUUUUUUUCAAUUUUCCCUCUUCCACUCUCCUCAAAACUUACAAAAUUUGUUCCUAUGAGUCGUAGACCACAAACAAACUGAGGAUUUUUCUGGGUUUUGGGUGGGUUUUUGCACUGGGGUUUUCAAAUUUUUCUGGGUAGUUUUUUUUGUGUGGUUUAUAUUUUUUUUUUAUCUCUCAUCAAUUUGGGGGAGGAGGAAGAAAGGUGCUAUGAAUGGUGGGGAGGGAGGAGGAGGAGAAAGCGAGGUGCAAAUGGAGAUAGAAAUGAGGGAGGAGGAGAGAAAAAAAAGAGUGUAUAUGUGGGGGUAUUUACCGGGAGCAUUGCCGCAGAGAACGCCGUUACAAUCACCGACUUUGGUCAAGCUUCCCCCAUCGAGUGGAAAUUUCUGGAAGGAUGUUUGCGGAGGAGGUUGCGGUUUCGCCAUGGCCAUUUCUGAUACUGGGAAGCUGAUAACUUGGGGUUCUACUGAUGAUUUAGGGCAGAGUUAUGUGACUUCUGGUAAACAUGGGGAAACGCCAGAGGCUUUUCCACUUCCUACAGAAGCUCCCAUUGUAAGGGCAGCAGCUGGUUGGGCACAUUGCGUCUCAGCUACAGACAGGGGAGAAGUCUAUACUUGGGGUUGGAAAGAGUGUGUUCCAUCGGGGAAGGUUUUCGGCGAUUCUUCUUCUGGAGGAAGCUCAGAGAAGGAUGCACUUGAAAAGCAAAGUUCUCUGUUUCCAGAACAAGUUAGCCCUCGAGGGUCAAAAAAUGCCAAUGGUAUUGGGCCAGGAGCCGUCUUAGAAAACAAAGGAGCAGGAGAAGAAACCACGAAACGAAGACGGGUUUCAUCAUCUAAACAAACUGUUGAAAGCUCCACAGCUAGUGAUGAAACACUCACAGCAUUACCCUGUCUAGUAACACUUAACCCUGGAGUAAGGAUAUCAACUGUUGCUGCUGGGGGAAGACAUACUCUUGUUUUGUCAGCUUCAGAUGUAGGACAAGUGUGGGGUUGGGGCUAUGGAGGUGAAGGACAACUAGGUUUGGGUUCAAGGAUUCGGAUGGUAUCAUCUCCACACCCUGUGCCAUGUUUAGAGUCAUCUUAUAGGAAGGACAGACAUUCAGGAUUUUCUCAAGGUGGCUUAAACUCGGAUGGUCAUGGAUUUAGAGUUCCUGGUACAUACAUCAAGGGUAUUGCCUGCGGUGGACGACACAGUGCAGCAAUAACAGAUGCUGGAGCAAUCCUAGCUUUUGGUUGGGGCCUCUAUGGACAGUGCGGGCAAGGAGCUACUGAUGAUGUGCUAAGCCCUACUUGUGUGUCCUCGUUGCUUGGAAUUCGAAUUGAGGCAGUUGCUGCAGGCUUAUGGCACACUGUCUGUAUAUCUGCAGAGGGCGAUGUUUAUGCCUUUGGGGGAAAUCAAUUUGGGCAGCUGGGAACUGGUUCUGACCAAGCUGAGACUCUCCCAAGGCUAUUGGACGCACCAAGCAUAGAGAGUGUCAAUGCAACUAUUGUUUCUUGCGGGGCUCGUCAUAGUUCCAUAAUCACAGGGGAUGGGAAAGUUUUCAGCUGGGGCUGGAACAAGUAUGGACAGCUUGGUUUGGGGGACGCAAUUGAUCGGAACAUUCCAUCUCAAGUAAAGCUUGACGGCUCUGUGGCGAAAAAUGUGGCAUGUGGCUGGUGGCAUACACUCUUACUAGCAGAAUCUCCCACUUGAGCUGAAGAACUUGGCUCAGUUUUGUUAGGUUAGCAUCUUAAGUUACGUGAUUGGGGUGAGGGGGUAUGAAAAUGAAUUAUAAUGAAUCAAUGUAAAUACGGUUGUGUUGUGCAUGUGAUAAUUCUUUCAUAGUUUCAUGAGUAGGCCUUUUGAUAUAAAGCUUCAGUCUCUUUGCUAUUCCAAUGAGGACCGGUGUACAAUAGAUUUGGGAAACUCAUGAAAACGCCCUUGUAAUCAUGCAAGGGUGUGCGCACACAAUUUUCUGGAACUUUUAAUAAAGAUCGAUCACUUUCUCUA